GAAUCGUCUGGCUGGACAGCGGGCAUCGGGUCACCAGGCACGACAGGGCACCGGGUCAUCAGGUACCGGAUUGUCUGGCUCGACAGCGGGCAUCGGGUCAUCAGGUCAUUUGGCUUGCCAGCGGGCACCGCGUCAUCUGGCAAGGCAGUGGGCACCGAGUCACUAGGUACGACAGCGGGCUCUGAGUCAAUUGGCACGACAGCGGGCACCGGAUCAGGUACCGGAUCAUCUGGAUCAACAGCGGGCAUCGAGUCAACUGGCCUAAUAGGAUCGUCAGGCUGGAUCAGUUCAUCAUGCUGGAGAGGCAUCAGGCCCGAGUACAGGCAUCAGGCCGAGUACAGGCAUCAGGCCGAGGAGAGGCAUCAGGCCGAGGAGAGGCAUCAGGCCGAGGAGAGGCUUCAGGCCGAGUAGAGGCAUCAGGCCGAGUAGAGGCUUCAGGCCGAAGGCAUCAGGCUGCGUACAGGCAUCAGUCUGAACCACGGAUAGGUGCAGGCAGGCUCACCGGUUUGGAUACUGGCA